AUGUCUCCCUCGGCUACCCGCGGCCAUACAUCCCGCCUUCCCUCCGCCGGCGAUUCUUUGACGCAUACCACCAGCAUUGAGGCAUCUGGGCCACCCAACAUCUCAUCCGCGGCAAAGUCAUCUGGCCCGGCAUCAACAAAGACGUCCAACAGUGGUGCCGCUUGUGCAUUGAAUGCCAGAGGACCUACACAUACCAAAUAUCCCCUCCAGACGUUUCCUAUUCCAGAUGAAAGGUUCCAACACAUCCAUAUCGAUAUAGUGGGACCCCUGCCCAUGGAUGAUGGUUACAGGUACAUCCUGACGAUGAUCGACCGCUUCACCAGAUGGCCUGAGGCCACGCCCAUCCGUGACAUCACCGUAGCGACGGUCGCCAGGACCUUCCUCAACACCUGGACCUCCCGCUUCGGCACGCCGCACACCGUCACUACCGACCGUGGCGCCCAGUUCGAGUCGGAACUCCGGCGCCAGCUGAUGGUAUUACUCGGUUCCAAGAGAAUCAGGACGACCGUCUACCACCCCUGCGCCAACGGCAUGGACCUGCAGUGCACCGCCGCGGAAAUGGUCAAAGGAACAAUGCUCGCUUUCCCUGCAGAUUUCCUUGUCACAGCCAGUAACUUCAAACCAGGGACCUUCGGCAAACAACUCUGCGAAUGGAUGACCCGGGUACGCAGCCGACCGACGAGACCCACCCGACAACAGGAAAUAUACAUGCUCCCAGGACUCCAGGAUUGCUCUCAGGUCUUCGUGAGAAAACAUCCCAGACCUCCUUUCUGUCCUUUGUACAAGGGUCCAUUCCCGAUCAUCUGA